UAUAUAUGACGAGAAUAAAAACUAGAGAAAGUGCAAUACUCAAAGUUAAGAUGAGUUCCAACUCCAAACAAACUCAGUUUCCCAUAGAGGUAGAAAAAGUUGAUGAUGCUUAUCUUUCUGCAUUGUUACUAUGUUUUAGUAGAAUUUUUCCUGCAAUACUAAAUGCUGCUAUUGAUCUCAAUUUAUUUGAUAUCAUAGCUAAGUUACAAAAUUCAAGUGAACAUUCUAGUUUUUCUGCUUCUGAAAUUGCUUCUGAGCUUCCAAAUCAACACCCUGAAUUGGCUGAGAGGCUUGAACGUAUGUUGACUGUGUUGGCUAGUUACUCUCUUCUCACUUGUUCCAUUCGUACCAAUGAAGAUGGUAACAAAGAAAGAGUUUAUGCUCUCUCAUCAAUUGGUCAAUACUUUGCAUUGGAUAAAGAUGGAGGCUCUUUACGUCCACUCUCAGCAUUAAUCCAUCGUGGAUAUCAUCAUGUUUGGUAUGAUGUAAAAGAUGCGAUCAUAAACCCUAACAACAAUGACCAUUUUCAUAAAGUUCAUGGAUCACCGGCUUAUAAAUAUUUGGAGAAAAAUCAAGAGCUAAAUCAAAUUUUUAACAAAGCAAUGGCUCAAUCUGGUCCAUUAGAAAUGAAAAGGAUUCUUACACUAUAUAAAGGAUUUGAGGAAGUCUCAACACUGGUUGAUGUAGGUGGUGGAGUAGGGAAUGCUUUGAAACAGAUUAUAUCUGAAUAUCCUUCAAUAAAAGGCAUUAAUUUUGAUUUACCCCAAGUGGUUCAAGAUGCACCAACUCAUCCAGGGAUAGAGCAUGUUGAAGGAAAUAUGUUUGAAAGUGUUCCAGGUGGUGAUGCCAUCUUACUAAAGCUUGUAUGUCACAAUUGGGCAAAUGAAGAAUGUGUAAAGUUUUUAAGAAAUUGUCACAAAGCUUUACCAAAACAUGGAAAGGUGAUUGUUUUGGAUUAUAUAAUUCCAGAGGUUCCAAACCCAAGCAAAAUCUCUAAGCAUGCUUGUGCUAUUGACAAUCUCAUGUUUUUAGUACAUGGUGGAAAGGAAAGAACUGAAAACGAAUUUCAAAACUUAUGCAUGAGCUCUGGAUUUUCCAAAUUUCAUAUUGCUUGCAGUGAUACCUCAGCUAUGUCUGGAGUAAUGGAAUUCUAUAAAUAAAGAUUACUGAGCAUUUUACUUGGAUUUUCAAUAUGUUGUAACUUGUAAUAAAUAUUCUUGAAUAAACUUUAAUAUAUGGGCGAAGUAAUGCAACAAUGUAUAAAGAGAAUUAGCACUAUAUUUUAUUUUGGUUAGACCUUA